AUUAAACAUUUUAUGAGCAGCCCGCAAUAAACACAUGGCCCGGUGAAAAUCCAUUGUUUUCUCCGUAUAACGUUUCGCGCCUCACCCCUCCGAUUCUUUUUCCAGCUUUCAGAAAACAAUUUUCGGUGCCUUAAUUACCCUUCGACUUCUUUAUUCAAAACUCGAUUUCUAGGUCAAAAAUUCCCAGCCGCCUGUUUUUUCACAUUCGCUACUCUCUGAAACUCGUGACGAAGAAGAAGCAGAUCGAAGAAUUGCUGGAGAACGACGACAUUGUUGUGGAAUACAUACCAGCGGCGCAGAGACGGUAGGCUUGGUUGGGCAUUGCAUUGCAACAAUUGAAGAUGGCUGGAAGAAUACGUCCUUGUGAUAAAGACAUAUUUUUCUUGGUACUACAACACAUUUUGCUUCAUCAUAUUGCACAAAUUGGUAUUGUCAUUGCAUAUAUAGCUAAGGCUGAAUCAAGGAAAAGAAAACGUGGGACUGCAGUACCUAAAUAUGGCAUGAUUUGUAGGAUGCCUGACCAAAUAAAACAUCUAGAUCGAAUGAUAGGUUACACGGACAUUGAUUGUAUUUCUAACUUACGUAUGGACCGUAGUACCUUUGGGAGACUAUGUCAAAUCUUGAGGGUAAGAGGGGGUUUAGUUAAUGGUAAUUAUGUUACAGUAGAGGAACAAGUUGCCAUAUUUUUGUCUAUGUUGGCCCAUCAUAAAAAAAAUAGGGUAGUGAGAUUUGAUUUUUGGAGGUCUGGGCAAACAAUAUCGCAUUAUAUCCACGCGGUAUUAGAAGCAAUUAUUAGAUUACAUGAUAUCUUCUUGGUUAAGCCCGAGGCUGUCACAGAUGAAUGCACGGACACGCGAUGGAAAUGGUUCAAGGGGUGUCUAGGCGCAUUAGACGGGACCUAUAUCAACGUAACAGUGAGCAAUAGUGACAAACCUCGAUAUAGGACAAGGAAGGGGCAGAUCUCUACGAAUGUCUUAGGCGUUUGUGAUCGGAACUUGAACUUUGUUUACGUCCUUUCCGGGUGGGAAGGUUCAGCCAACGAUUGUAGGAUCUUGCGAGACGCAUUGAACAGACCACACGGAUUAAAAGUUCUCAAGGUUGCGGUCACGGAGCAAUGAAACUGAAGUGCGCUGGUCCCGGAGCAAAUUUUCCGGGUCGAUAUUACUACAAAUGUCCACUAGAAGGCGAUCACCCCAAGGGAUUCUAUUGGUACGAUGAGUAUCACGGUAUGUGUUCAAGGAGGUCAGCCUCUUCCACCAAUUCUCCAAUUCAGAACUAUCAACCACGAGCGCAUUCUCAAUUCAUGCCACCUGCUGUCUUUGAUACGGCUCAAGAUAUAGUUCAUCGGAGCAUUGGCCUGCAUUCUCCACUUGGAUAUCUCGAACUUAUAACCUUGAUCCUGUUUUUGGCCGUCGUGUUAGUUGUUGUUGGAAUUGUGAUGGGCAAAUUUAUGUAAGGGGAUGGUUCAUGGCUCCAUUGACUAUGUACUUGACUACCUAACUUUCUUAUGCCUCUGUGUUGUCGUUUUUGUGUUGAAUCUUAUCCGC